CGAUUUCACACAUCAAGCGCAACACUCAUUCACAGCGUCGACUCCCUCAGGACACCAUACGGAUGUCCCUGUUGCAAAGUUCAAGGUGCUUGAUUUCCGGUGUUUUUAUGAUUCCUCAUUAUAUAUGACCAUGUCGUGCCUUUAGCUCGCUGGCCUACGCCUUUCUCCAACCUCCCAUCCUCGCCCAUUUCUCGUCCGCCUUCACACCUACUCUCAGAGACACUCGUAUGUCAAUGGGCCCGGUGCUGGUCGCCACGAUGGUACAGGGAGGCGUUGGAGAACGACCACCCGAAAAACUCCACCCCUUCUUCGCCAAACCCACCGGCGGUGACCCCUCGUCAGCUCCAUCCUCAGACAGCCCGGGGCCCAGCUCGCACGCGAAUGCAGAGGAGACCAAUACUGACGAUACACCUGGGGAAGACGGCCGUCAGCCAAAGCGACGAAAAACUGAGACUAGUUCCGGUCGCGACAAUUCUGAACCAAAGCUUGCAAGCCGCAGGAGGAGGAAUGGGGCUACUGGCGCGACCUCGAUGGAUGGUGGUAUAGUCAGCCAUUUGACCAAGCUGCAGCCAGACGAUGCUUUAGUACAAUCACAGUUCCCAGAACCAGUACCAGCUGUUCCGACGCCAUCCGCAAGGGACACCUUGACCAAGCAACACAAUAAGGGUUCCGACGCACAGCCCCAGACUUCUCAACCAACCCCCACCGCCGCCCUCCAAGGUCCUGCUAAGAAAGUCUUGAAGUUCAAUCCCAAGACAGGUACCCUCGGUUCUCCACCGAAGCCGAAGCCGAACAAACGCCCGACUUUGAUUGUACGAUUGCAAUAUGGGCGAGAUGAAGGAAGCCGCAAGGAAAUGGGCGACAGGAUCGCCCAAAUCCUAGACGGAAACCUGCAAAUCCCGACUACCCCGAUGAAACGGCGCGCAAAAGGAGGAACAGGGUCUGUUAAUGCCCUGUCUUCACAACAAGCGUCUACACAAAAGACGACUCAUCCUUUCUUCAGUGGUAAGACCCAGCAAGGCGCAUGUCAGAACGAGCGAACCGAAGCUACGAGGUCACCUGCGAGAAGGAACUCGGUUUUCAUGUCGACACCUGUCUCACCGAGGAAGCCCAGGAACCCAUUUACUUCAAGCAAGCCAACAAAUAUUCCUCAAUUCGGUAUCAAGUCGAUAGGAACCAAAGUCCCGGGCGCAAUGCACCCUUUAUGGCCUCCUGCAGGAAUGAAUCAUGUACGAGGACUUGACAUCAAAGACAAAAUCACAACGGAGAUCCAACGCGAAGAGGGAGGGCCUAAAAAAUUCAAGGGACAUGUCACAGAUGUCGGCACAGCUGAGUCAGUCCUUGCUCAUUUGAUGAACCGGAUAGACCUCGACUCUGUGCGGCGGGACCUCCCUGCGGAUGAGGAUAGCUUUAUGCCUGCCCCUAAUGAGCUGCGUCUUCCUGAGCGACGCUUCGAAAGUGGGCGCAAGCUUCAAGCUAGAGUCCGAAAACAGUUGGCAAGGUCGACGUUGGCGAGCUUAGUUGAUGCUGACGGACUGGGCCGCGAUGAGCUAGCCAACGACAAGCAGAUCAUGCUCCAUCCCGCUAUUCGUCGCCACUAUCUCUCUUUGGAGACGCAUCUCUCAGCUUUUGACAAGUCGACAUGCGAAAACGUUGCUUGGACCCAAAAGUACGCACCAGCAGCUGCGGACGAGGUUCUCCAAAGUGGCAAAGAGACAGGCCUGUUGAAACAAUGGCUGGUAGCCAUGAAGGUUCAAGCUGUCGAAUCUGGAGGAGAUAUGAACGGAGACAAGUCCAAGACCAAGGCCGAUAUGGCUCCAAAGAAGAAGAGACGCAAGAACAAGCUGGAGGGUUUUGUGGUGGACAGCGGCGACGAAGAGAGCGACUUAGACGACCUUACGGAAUGCGAUGAGGAUGAAAGCUUUGUUGGACCGGCUCUUCAUAGGCGAUCCAUCGUUCGCUCCGGCGAUGUGUCAAAUAAGGACCCGGCCAAGCUCAAGAACACCAUCGUUAUUAGCGGUCCCAAUGGCUGCGGUAAGACUGCCGCUGUCUACGCCGUGGCAAAGGAACUAGAUUUCGAGAUAUUCGAAAUCAACUCGAGCAGCCGAAGAAGUGGCAAGGACAUUUUGGAACGUGUGGGCGACAUGACGCGCAACCACCUUGUCCAGCAACACAAGGCUCAACCUGCCAUGCUAGGUGAAGGGAGUGAGGGAUCCAAGGACAAGCCGGAGUCUGGCAAGCAGGGCAUGAUGACGUCGUUUUUCAAGCCAAAGCCCGCCGCGACAAGCAAGCAACACGCCAAGAAACAAUCGAAAGAAAAGGUCGAAGAGUCGGCCAAGUCGGCGGUGCCCAAGGCUCAAAAGCAGUCGCUCGUUCUGCUCGAAGAAGCAGACGUGCUGUAUGAGGAAGACAAGCAAUUCUGGGCCACUCUCUUGGGUCUGAUGAGCCAGUCGAAGCGCCCGUUCAUUAUAACUUGUAACGACGAGAGCUUGAUACCGCUGCAAAGCCUCCACCUCCACGGCGUCUUCCGCUUUUGCCCCCCACCCAUCCGCGCUGCGGUCGAUGUUUGUCUUCUCAUCGCCGCAAAUGAGGGUCACUGUCUCGCGAGACCUGCUGUUGAGUCCCUUUAUCAGUCACGCGGAGAGGAUCUCCGGGCCACAAUCACAGAGCUCAACUACUGGUGCCAGCUCGGGGUUGGCGAUCGAAAGGGGGGGCUCGAUUGGUUCUACCCGCGGUGGCCCAAGGGUUCGGACCUAGACGAGAGGGGCGAGGUGGUCCGGGUCGUCAGCCAGGGGACGUACUUGCACGGCAUGGGGUGGAUCGUCCGCGACAUGAUUGCUGCAACGCCUCAAAAACUGCUAGCGGAAGAGGAGAUCCUUCGUCAGUCGUGGGAUUCGUGGCAUCUGGACAUGGGAGAGUGGUUCGGUACGCUGAAUAUGGGCGGCCCUACGAAAGCGCUGUCAGAGUCGGACGACAGGUCUCGACAGCGUCUGGCAGCCCUCGCGGCGUACGAUGACAUGUGCGUCGCGCUGAGUGAUGCCGACACCUGCUCGGCGGGAGCAUUCGGCACGAUGUUGCAGGAACACGUGGAUCCAACGUUGCCAGCGCUCACCAACGCAGUCAAGGACGAUUUCAUCAUCGGCCGCUCCUUGCUGGAGGCCGAACCCGUCGCGGUUUCGACGUGCCCUCACGCCGACAUGGCACUUGCCUUGCAAUCUCUCGCACGCCAGACACUCUACAGUUUCCUAAAGGAAUCAUCUGACGCCUUGGAGCUGAGGCCGGUAGACGAGAAGGAAGCAAUCUCGAUACUCGACGUCUCGUUUUGUUCUCGUCGGCAAACACUGACUAGGAUGGACGUGGCGCAUGCAUUCGACCCCAUCGCGGUGUCGCCCAAAGCGCAACCCACGGCCCAUCUGGAUCCGUCCGUCUUCGACCGCACCAUGCAGCUCAUCACCUUGGACGUGGCUCCAUGGGUCCGGGGCAUCGUGGCGUUUGAGCACCAGCUGAUGCAGGAGCGGCUCAAGCUGAGCAGCCUGCUGAGCGAAGGCGGGAAACGGAAGCGCAUGCGCACUACGCGCAGCGCGUAUUCUGCGCUCGAGGGUGGCGAGAGGAGGCUGACGCGAAAGGAGAGGUACUUUGGGAACAGCCUGACGACGGGAUUGGUGAUGCGAACGGGAGCGGACUCUUUCCAGAGUGCUCUGCCUGUGCGGGCGAGGGAGAGCGACGUGGAAGAGACGGUCACAAGCAGCCCAGCAUCCGCCGGGUCGCCAUGAUGGGCGCACAGAUAUUACACAUGCAUGUUGCUGCGAUACUUUGAGGAGCUCUCUACGGAUGGGGCAGGUGUGAUUUUAGAGCAUGAACACAUGAAGAGCUAUAAAUGAUGCUGCAUAUCUUGUACAGUUUAGGUCCGGGGCUCAAGCACGGGUGCGUAUUAAAAGCACUUUAUGCGUCAAUGCAUGUCUCAUCAUCCGUCAUCAUGAUGGUGGUUUAGUCGUAAUUCAUAUCGUCGUUUGAGCGGGCACCGGCGACAUCGCUUCACCACGGUGCCCUCUCCACCACGUAGAUCUUUUCGUCUGGGUGCGCCCUGGACCCGUCCCUCCGGUAAUACCUCUCCUGAACGUAUCCCGCUGGAGAAUUCUUGGGUGCCGGUGGCGCGGCGGGAGGUGGUGGAGGGAUAGUGACGCCAGGGGGCGGAGGGACGACCACGCCAGGAGGGGGAGGAGGAGGGAUAGUAACUCCAGGUGGCGGCGGCGGCGGCGGCGGAUGAGGCGGAGGGGGAGCAGGACGACCGUGAGGGGGGGGAAGGGGAUCUUCGGGUGAGUAGCCGCCCUGGGCGCGGCGGCGCAUGCGCUCGUCGUUACGGGCCUCGCGCAGUCGACGC